AUGGUAUUAGUUGGAGAUUUUAAUAAGGAAAUUAUAGGAUUAUUUAAAACAAAGUAUCCAACAGAGAAGGAGAAAUUAUUAGAAUUAAAUCUUUCAAGUAUUAGUAGAAAUCCAUCAUUUAAUUGUAAUUUAUCAUCAUUAUAUGGAGGAAAAAACGGAAACAAACCCAAAUGUUGUGAGGAAGGAAAUGCAUGCUGUGGGGAAGAUAAUAAAAACAGUGAUAAGAAUAAUAAAUUAUUUACAUUAGAUGGUAGUUCAACAUUAAAGUGGGAUAUGUUUUCAACACAAAUGGAAACAAAGAUAGAUAUGAAUGGUAUUGCUAUAAUGGAAGCAAAGACUACACCAUAUUAUGGUUUAAGCUUAACAUCAAAAUAUGAAAGAUUUUCAAAAGGUUUAAGCUCAUCAUCUUCUGGAUCAGGAAGUUUAGAGAUUGGUGGAGAUAUUCAGAAAGAAUAUUUUCAAUCAAGAUUUAGAGUAUCUCCUUCAUUGGAAUCUUUAGGAUGUGUGAAUAAAUUAAAUAAGGAAAAUAAAGAUAGUAUUGGGAUGAUGUUAAGUAAUACAAUUACUAUGAAACCAUUCUCUUGUAUUAAUAGUUUAAGUUUUGGAACAAUGAUAUCAUCAUCUAAUGUAAAUUUACCUUAUAAUAAAAAUUCAAUAAAGAUAGUAAUGGGAUUAAUGCUUAAAGGACCUUUAUUUGUAAGAAAAACAUUAAAAGAAUGUGAAUUAUCUCAAAAAGGAGGUGGUAACUAUUACAAUUAUCAUAGUUUAAACCAUAAGAAAGAGAAUUUUGGGUCACGUUUUAAGAGUGGUAUUAAUUAUAAUGAUCACGAAAAUACAAUAAAAGAAGAGACUUCUUCUUCUUUUACUCCAAACUAUAUUUUAUCAAUCCAAACUAAUACAAACAAUCACAAUAAUAAGUUAUCUGGAUUUACUGGAGGAUUAUUUUUAAAUAACUUACUUAAAAACUAUCUAACUUUGGGUGUUAUGGUAUCUUAUAAUGCUGCAUUAAAUAAUGGAGGAAAUUAUCAAACUGUUAAUAAUAUUAUUGAACAUAAUACAGUAAUGUCAAAUAAUCAAAUAAACUCAUUAAAUGAAUCUUCAAAAGCUUAUAAAAGUUUUGCGACGUUUUCUGAAAAAGUUCAAUAUACUAUAGGAGGAAAAGUUUCAUUUGGUUCUAUAGAUAAUUAUUGUUUAUUUGGUAAAAAAUUAAAUUUAGAUUCUGAAUAUAAUGGUAGUAGUAAUACCGAUGAUAAUUUAAAAAGUACAGAUUUGAGAUUUAAAAUAAUGAAUAAUUUUAAAAUGGCUUAUUCCUUAACACAUAGAUUUACAAGAAACAUUUCAGCAACUUUUGGAGCUCAGGUUGAUCCUAAAAAACUGGAUAAUCCAGACUCUGUAAAAUAUGGAUUCAUUCUAGACAUUAAUGCUUGA